AUGACUGACUCCAAAGUACAGAAUAUCAAUACGAAGAGCUCUUUUCCCGAAGAACGACUGGGCCGGACAGGCUGGGAUACGUUCCAACGCGAGAAGCCUGAUCUUCUUCUACACCUCCUUGACUUCCCGUACAACGAUGAAACAAAGACAAAUGAGCUUUUACAAGGCAAGCUUACAGAUAGCAAAUAUCAUUUAGAUGUUGACCAGCUCGAGAUUGCUGGUCUGGUUAACGAACCUAUCAAAAUGUCAUUAAAAGACUUGAAGGAUGCCAAGAAAUUUCCCUCAGUUUCAUUUGCUCAUUUCCAUAAACCCUUGCUCGAGCAGUACAUGAAGGCAAGCAGAGGUUACAGUGACUGUCCAUUGCAGCGACACUUAACUGCUACCCAUACCAUAAAGAUUGGUCGUUCGCUGACCUGUGUAACACAGGCGAACGCGCAUAACGACAACGGUUUACCGAGGUGUUCCCCUCAAAAAAAGUUCUUAAACUCUCUUGCGAUGGUGUCCUUCCCGAAUGCGAACACCUUGAAUUUAUCAGCGCAGAUAACUUAUCUGAAGAAGAAUAAUGUAUUCAACUAUGCCGUCUCAGUACCUUUGCGUAAACUCCGUGCUUCUUCUGCCACCGAAGUCCUUGCUUGGGACAUGAAUGACGCUCCUCUGCCCAAAAUUCAUGGAGCGCCACUCCGCCUUGUGGUCACAGCAUAUAUCGGUGCUCACAACUGCAAAUGGGUAUAUAAGAUCAAUGUAUUGAAGGAACCAAGCAUGGGACCAGUACAAAGACAGGAAUAUCUGUAUUACACGCCAUAG